AUGCUGCUGAAAGUGCAGAUCCUUAAUGAAGGGUUAUGUCAUAGUGAGGAUGUGACUAAGUGGCUCGACACCUCAGCAUGCCGGAGACAGGUCUGCGGGUGUCGAGGUCUUACGCAACCAAUCGGCCUGAUUGUCACGACCUGGGAAACAAACUCAUCGCUGUAUCAGUCUGGCUCUGAACUUGUGUGUAUUUGUACUCCGCAGUACCCACACUUCCUGAAGAGGGACGCCAACAAGCUUCAGAUCAUGCUGCAGAGACGGAAGAGAUACAAGAACCGAACGAUGCUGGGUUACAAGACCCUCGCUCUGGGUCUCAUCAACAUGGCCGAGGUGAUGCAGCACCCCAGCGAGGGGGCUCAGGUCCUGGGGCUGCACAGCCAGCUGAAGGACGCCUCGGUGCCCGUCGCUGAGAUCAGAGUCUACUCCCUGUCCAGCCAGCCCAUCGACCACGAGGGGCCCAAAGCAAAGAUGUCCGAUCGCUCUCCAGACAUCGACAACUACUCCGAGGAAGAGGAAGAGAGCUACUCGUCGGAACAGGAAGGCAGCGACGACCCCAUCCACGGACAGUAUCUAUUUGACGAAGAGGACGAGGUGAGGAAGAAGAAGCCGAGGCGCAAGCUCCCUUCAAACGCCGCAAUCACCCGACAACCCAACAUUAAGCAGAAGUUUGUCGCCUUGCUGAAAAGGUUUAAAGUCACUGAUGAGGUUGGUUUCGGCCUGGAGCACGUGUCGAGGGAGCAGAUCCAGGAGGUGGAGGAGGACCUGGACGAGCUCUACGACAGUCUGGAGAUGUACAACCCCAGCGACAGCGGGCCGGAGAUGGAGGAGACCGACAGCAUCCUCAGCACGCCCAAACCCAAACUAAGGCCGUUCUUCGAGGGAAUGUCUCAGUCCAGCUCUCAGACGGAGAUCGGCAGUCUGAACAGCAAAGGCAGUUUAGGUCGAGACACUUUCAGCCCGCAGGGGGAGCAGCCUCCUAUAGAGAAGAUGAAAACCUCCCGCAGCCGCAACCUGGAGGAGGCUCUAUCUGAGACUGACACACUGGAGCUAACAGAUCAGGAGCUGUUUGCUGAGGUGGGCCCCUGCAUCACGGUGUCAGUGGCAGAGAAGCCCCGUACGCCUCUGAAGAGCAGCAAAAGUGAAACCCAGGCUAUGCCAUCACCAAGGUUGGAUGGAGGCAACACGCCCCGACAGAAGCGCAUCAGCACCCCCAUGAAGGAGAGACAGCUAUCCAAGCCUCUGAGUGAGCGCACCAACAGCUCCGACUCCGAGAGAUCCCCGGAGCUGGGACACAGCACGCCCCUCCUGAGGAAGGUGGUGUACGACCAGCUGAACCAGAUUUUGUUAUCAGACUCCGCUCUCCCCGAAAGCCUGAUACUGGUAAACGGCACCGACUGGCAAGGGCAGGAUGUUGGAGAGCAGCUACAGGUACAGAGACACCCGGUGGUCUGCACGUGUUCCUCCGCCGAAAUCCGCGUGCUGUCGGCCGUGCUCACCGCUCCACGAAAUUUCUGUAACUGUAACUCGUCCAUGCCCAGGGCGGUGAAGGUGGCGGCGGUGGGCAGCCAGAGUUACCUGGGAGCAAUCCUGCAGUUCUUUGUCACUCAGCUCGCCAACAAGACCUCCGAUUGGCUCAACCACAUGCGCUUCCUGGUCGUGCCUCUGGGCUCACACCCGGUUGCUAAGCACCUCGGCGCCCUUGACAACCGCUACAGCUCCUCCUUCCUGGACGGGGCGUGGAGAGACGUGUUCAGCCGCUCUGAGCCCCCACAGACAGAUCAGCUGGAUGUAGCGGCAAGAAUCUCGCAGUACAUCAGCGGAGCCACGGUCACACACCAGCUGCCCAUCGCUGAGGCCAUGCUCACCUGCAAACACAGGACGCGAGAUGAAGACUCCUACCAGAAGUUUAUUCCCUUCAUAGGGGUGGUUAAAGUUGGUCUCAUCGAGUCGGGUCCUUCUCCAACAGGAGAUACAGAAGAGGGCAUGUCAGUGAGCUUGGCCGUCCCCUCCACGUCUCCCCCCUCCCACGGCUCCCCCACGGGGAUUAAAGAGGCGGCCACACCCCCCUCCUCCCCCUCCAUGGGCAGCGUCCUGACAGUACAAGGGAGUCCCAGCAUGUCUCACGGCGUGGACGCCAUCGGCCUGCAGGUGGACUACUGGCUGGCGUCUCUGGCGGAGAAGCGGCGGGAGGGCGAGCGGCGCGACACGGGCGGCAAGAACACGCUGAAGAGCGCCUUCCGGUCGCUGCAGGUCAGCAGGCUACCGGGGGAGGGCAGCAACGACACACAGGCGCAGGUCAGCACCAUGGCCAUGACCGUGGUCACCAAGGAGAAGAACAAGAAAGUUCCCACCAUCUUCCUGGGGAAGAAGCCGAAGGAGAAGGACGUAGACUCAAAGAGCCAGGUCAUCGAAGGCAUCAGCCGACUCAUCUGCUCCGCCAAGCAGCAACAGACCUUCCUCCAAGUGGCAAUAGACGGCGUGGAGUGGAACGACGUGAAGUUCUUCCAGCUCGCCGCUCAGUGGCCCACUCACGUCAAAUACUUUCCUGUCGGACUUUACGGCUACAGCAAGCCCCCCUCCUAGGGGUGAGCACCAGCCGACUCCUCUGACCCUGACUUGACCUUCGACUCUCCUUGAUCCCGUAACACGGACGCGCAAAGACCCCGCCUCAGACCAGAGAGAAGACGCCGAGUGGCCGGACAAUUUUUCUUUCUUUAGUUUCAUUUUGGCUACAGUCGUCUUAUUCGUCAAGAGGAGGAAGAGGGUGGUGUUGGGGUGCUGCGUUGUUACUAGUCACUUUAAUGCCCUUUUUGUGUGUGUUUGUUUGUGUGUGUGGCGAGUGUCCAUGCACACGUGAAUGUACAGUGUGUGUGUUUGUGUGUGUGUGUGUGUGUGUGUGUGUGUUUACAAGGGGCUUACAGCACAAGUUUAUUAGCUAACUGCCAUUUACGUUUCCGUUCUAUGGAAUGCAAUAGCAUGUAACAACUCACCGAUUUCAAGCCCUUAAAGACCGAACCCUAAACUCUCGCUUUCCUCAAGACCCCAUCCACACGUGCAUGCUCCAAACUAACCGAUACACCACUCACGUGCCGGAACAGAGUAACUCGAAAUAAAAAACACAACAAGGC